GGGAAACCGUGCACCCCUCCCCGCGCCGAAGCCAUGGCGGCCGUCCGCCGCUUCGGCAUGCAGGAGGAGCUCCGUGCCACCGCCGACAGGCGCAGGAGGCCGCUCGGGGCACAGCGCCCGGGCGGCGCCGGGCCGGGCGCGGCAGGCCACGCUGGCCGCCAGGAGAGGGCAUCCCCGACAUCGCCGCCCGCCUCCAGGGCAUGUUCCCCGACCUGCCGCAGGACACGGUCCAGGCGGUGCUGUCCGGCCUGUUCCGGGUGGACCCGCACGUCUCGCGCGAGGCCCUCGCCGACCGCGCUGUGGCGUCGCUGCUGGAGAUGUCGUGGGCGGCGGAGCCGGAGAUGCCUCGAGCGAUCACGAGCUUUGGGCCGGCCGCCACCGCGGCGUGCGAUGCGUCCUCCGGGGGCUCCGAGCCGGCUGGGCCCGGCGACGGCCCCGCGCCCCCGGGCCCCUGCGUGGCCGCGGGCCCGAGCGGCGGGGACCCCGACCAGGCGCUGGACGAGUGCCUGGCCGAGCUGCUGGCCCUGCCGGACCAGGAUCGCUGCACGCGUGCGCGACGACCCUGGCCAGCAUCCUCGCCCGCAUCGCCGAGAGCCCCGACGAGGCACGGGUGCGCAGGCUGCGGCGCGCCAACGCGCGUUUCGAGGCGCAGGUGGCGCGGCACGCCUGCGGGCUGGGCCUGCUGCGGCUGGCCGGCUUCGAGGAGGCCACCGAGGACGGCGAGCCGGUGGUCGCGCUCUACGGGGACCCGUGGGCUGACGGCGGCGGCUUCGGGAAGGUGCAGGAGAGUCCCUGCAGGGUGUCAUCGAGGAUCUCGGCCUGCAGCCUGCCGAGCAGCGGCCCGCCCCUGGCGGCGCGCGCGCCCCCGCGCCGGGCGGCGCCGGGCGGAGCGGCGCGAGCGGCGGCUCCGCGGCGGGCCUGGCGCCUCGAGGCGCGCUACUUGA